UUAAUUUUCAUUUUCUUUCAAUUUUCGGGCGCCUCUGUCGUCACUUCUUGACUCUGUUCAGUGACCGAAGCAAACGAAGGCGUUGGAUUUACUUCUCGGAGAGUCCAUCGGUUCACCAUGAUUCUCAAGCACAGUUUAUUGAGUCCCAUCCCCACUUGGCUUGUCAGAAGCUGACAACAGGGAAACCGAAAGUACUAUGCCAGAGCAUUUGCAGGCCCAAUAGCAGUGGAGAAAAUUAAUAUAAACUUGAUUUCACAGCAAUAUAAUGAACAGAAAAACUGAAAUCGGUACCGAUUUCUGGGUGGAAGAAUUCAAUGGACAGGUUUACACACCAGCAAGAUCAAAAAGGAAAGUCAGAUCAAAGAAGAGGGAGUACAUUGGAUGGGGAUCGACACUACUGAUUUCAUUUCUUGAAUCAAUUGGUAAAGAUACUAGCGAGCCAUUAACUCAGUAUGAAGUAACUGCUAUUGUAAAUGAGUAUGUUAUGAGGAAUAACCUUAUUCAUCCUCAAAAAAAGAAAAGAAUUGUUUGUGAUGAAAGGCUCCAUUCACUGUUUGGAAGGAAAUCAAUUGGCCGAGUCAGAGUCCAUGAGAUGCUGCAGUCACACUUUGCUGCAAACUGUGAAGAAUCUUCUGAGGACUCUUUAUUAAACUCAGAAGAUGAUGAGAACACCUUGGCAACGUGUGAAUCCCUGAAGACAACAAAACCAGAGAGUAAGACUCUAUCAAAGAAAAGGGUUUCAAAAAAACCUAAGAGCUGUUUUGCUGCCAUCAUUCCUGCUAAUAUCAAGCUAGUAUAUUUGAGGAAGAGUCUAGUUCAGGACCUUCUUAAAGACCCUGAAACUAUUGAGAGUAAAUUAGUUGGUAGUUUUAUUAGAAUAAGAUGUGAUCCAAAUGAUUAUCUUCAGAAGAACUCCCACCAGCUUCUGCAAGUUACAGGUAUAAAGAAGUGCCCUGGAAUGAAAGAUGUGAAUGGGGAAAUUCUCCUUCAAGUUUCUGGUUUCUUUAAAGAUGUUGGCAUUCACAUGCUUUCUGAUGAUGACUUCUCUGAGGAGGAGUGUGAUGAUCUUUGUCAGAGAGUAAAAGGUGGCUUGCUCAAGAGGCCUAUGAUUGUGGAUUUUGAGCAGAAGGCCAGAAUAUUGCACGAGGAUAUGACAAAGCAUUGGCUUGCAAGAGAACUUGUUAUGUUAAAGAAUCUUAUUGAACGAGCUAAUGAAAAGGGUUGGCGCAGAGAACUGGAUGAGUACCUACAGAGACAGGCGAAGCUUCAGAAUCCAGAUGAACAGGCACGGCUGUUGCAGGAAAUCCCAUCUGUUAUUUCAGAUGACAUAGAAUCAGAAUCUGCAGCACCAGACGUUCCCGAAGAAAAGAUGGAAAAUGAUUCACCAGAAUUAUUACAGACUACAUGCAAGCAGGAAUCUUUGCUGACUGAGAUUCGAAAGGAGGUUAGAGUUGCUUCUGAACCUGAGAUUACAACAACGGAUAUUGCUGAUUGUGCAAGACACGAAAACAAUUCACCGAAGUCAAUUCUCAGGGGAUCCUCAGAAGUUCCACGCGACAUGCCUGCUAAUGGCUCUGUGUAUUCUCAUGACCCUGUUUCUGCAGAAAAUUGCAACGGCAUUCAUACUCAACAGCAACGAGUGCAACAAAUAGACCUUACAUGUGAGAAUGAUGGUGUAGCUGAACUUGAUAAAGCUAAGGUCUCUCAACAAACACCAAACAAGCCGAUUCCACGACCUGAGGUUAUCGAAUUAAGCGACGAUGAUGAAGAAACUGAAGAACCAAACUCCGCAAAACAGACUACUGCUAUGAUGCUGGAUAAGUCGAUAGGAUGGCACUACAGAGAUCCUCAGGGCCGUGUGCAAGGACCAUUUUCAGUAGAUUUACUAAAACACUGGUGUGAUGCUAACUACUUUCCACCAGAUUUUAAGGUUUGGAAGGCAGGUCAAAGGCCGGAUGAAUGUGUAUUUUUGGUUGAUGUACUUCAAUGGUUUUUCCCUUGAUCAAUUACAAAACAUUAAGUACGAAUACGCCAAAAAAGGAGUCUUCUGCCCAUAGCCACACCCAAGACUGACGUCAGAUAAAUUCAUGUAACAUUUGAAAACCUUAGAUUUUUUUUUUUUUGGAGUUAUAAGAGGGCGGGUUCGAUAAUAAUUAGUUUUUUUUUUUUUCGCCAUGGUAAAAAUUAAUUUAGGUCAAUUCUGUGUAAUCCACGUGCUAUGUGCAAUCUGCAAUUUACAAUUGUAUUGGUGAAUUUAUGCUCACUGAUUGAUCAUUUUGUCUCUUCGGCGCCUUUCA